CCUGAGUUAUGUUACAGCUGCCUGAUCUGUUCAAUUCUGGCAACACGCAGCUCGUCCUCGGUGCUGCCGCUUGUCUUGGUUUAAUAGUAUUUGCUCAGGCGUACCUUCCUCAGUCAAAGAGUCGCCUUCCUCUCCCACCUUCCCCUCCUACCUGGAGGCUUCGGGGGCACCUCCUGCCGCACCACAGGUCAUUUCUCACUAUAACAGGAUGGAUUAACGAGUACGGGCCUCUGAUCACUGUUCGCUCAGGAUUUGGGAAAAUGAUCAUUAUCGGCCGUUACAAAGCUGCCGUGGAUAUUAUGGAGGGCCAAGGCGGAGUGCUAGCUGAUCGUCCUCGCAUGAUUGCUGCAGAAAUAUUUGGCGGCGGGCUAGGCAUCACCCUUACACCCUUCGGGGACAAGUUCCGUCGGAUGCGUAGAGCACUUCAUACGCAUCUCCAACCUAAAGCAGCGGCAGCUUAUGAGCCCCUGCAGAUGUCACACGCAAAGAAAACCGUCCUUGACAUCCUUGAUGAUCCAGAAAACUUCAAGAACCAUGCGACAACUUAUGCUGCGACAACAAUUACGAAAGUUGCAUAUGGGAGUACCACGCCCUUCUCUGCGACCGAUCCCCGAGUCAUUGAGAUGCACGAACUCAUGAAAUUGGUUGUCAAAUUAGUGCGCCCUGACGCUUACUACCUUGUGGAGUUUAUCCCGUGGCUCAAACACCUUCCUUGGUAUGGCCGAGAAUUGAAACAGGGGUUUGAGAGGAGCAAGCGACUCCACAUGGGUCAGCUGAACCGCGUAAAAGAGCAAAUGCAGAGCAAUGUAGAAAUCGGCCCUUCAUUCAUGAAAUAUAUGCUAGAAAAUAGGGACGUUCAUGGCUUGACAGAUCCCGAGACUGCAUUUCUUGCUGGGGCCUUUUUUGGAGCUGGAUCCGAUACGACUGCUUCAGCAAUGUGCAUAGUGCUCUUGGCAGCGGCAUGUUUCCCCGAGGAACAAGCUAAAGUCCAGGCAGAGCUCGAUGUGGUCAUAGGAAGGCACCGAGCGCCAACCUUCGCUGAUCAAAAGUCACUUACUCGUCUGCGUGCCUUCAUAUCUGAGGCCUUGAGGUGGAGACCUAUUACUCCCAAUGGAUUGGCCCACCGAACAACUAAAGACGUGAUCUGGGAAAACUAUUGUAUUCCAGCUGGGACUACAGUAUUCGGCAACCAUUGGGCCAUCUGUCGAGAUCCAGAAGUCUUUCCCGAGCCUGACGCGUUCAAGCUUGAACGCUGGAUUGACGACCAAGGUCGCCUGAGAGAUGAUUUGAAUAAUUUCGUCUAUGGGUUUGGUCGGCGUGCGUGCCCCGGUCAAUAUGUCGCGAACAGAUCUGUGUUCAUAAACACCCUGCUUAUUCUUUGGGCCUUCCGGAUCACUCUGGAUCCUACGAAGCCAUUGGAUGACAUGGGGUUCAUGAAUGGGGAGAAAACAAACCGGCCAUGUACUAUUCAGACUGAGAUGAGGAUUCCAGAAACGGAGCUCAGGCGCAUGAUGCAGAAUUAUCCUGAGGCCGCGUGA